AUGGCAAAUAAAAAGAUGGAAAUAUUCUCCCCUCUGGAAGCUGUGCAAAUCUGUGCUGUGCUGGAGGACUGUCUUGAUCAGCUUGCUAUUCUUGGAUAUAUUAUGCCAGUUUCCUACGCGGGCAGGACAGACAUCAGCAAUAUUGAUGCCCAAGAAAUUAGUGAAAUCGUCAAGAGCCAGAAGGAGUUGGGGGUUAAGUUUGAACAUCUCAUGUCAGCAAGGUCAGAGAACAGGCCAACAGUUCCCUCCGAGUCACUGAAGUUCACAGAACUGGGGCAGCAGCUGCAAGAGACAAGUGGAGAUCUAAAAAGGGCCAAUCAUCUUUUUAGUAGGGCUGCAAAACAGAGUGCUGUGUCCUCCGAUAACCUCAGAAAAGUUCAAGCUGAUAGGCAGUAUGCAAGCGAUGUGAUUGCAGAAACUCUGCAGGAAAUGCAGACUUCAGGAACGUUUCAGAGUCUGCUGCAAGCUGUGCAGAGAGAGGAGGAGAGGAAGUCUAACUUCUACACCACCAUCAUCAGGGAGGAGGAAGGAAGGAAGGAGAUAAAGUCCCUCCAGAAACGGCUGCAAGAUGUCAAGAAAGAAAAGGAAUUAGAACUUCAGAACCGGAACGAGAUGAUUGCAUACCUCAAAGACCAGCUUCAAGAGAUGAAGGCCAAGACAGACAUGGAGAGCCGCUAUGUGAAGAAAGACACAGAGCUCCAGGUCUACCAGACCCAGAAAAAGUGCAGCAACGCAGAGAGUGACCUGUUCAAUGAAAUUGAGAAGCUGAGGAUCAAAAAUGAUGAGGAGAUUAGAGUCCACAUGGAGAUUGAAAAUUUCCUCAGGCAACAACAGAUGAAGUUGGAAGAGAAGCUAGAAUACUGGAUGGAGAAGUAUGAAAAGGACACGGAAGCUAAACAGCAAGAACUGAACACUCUAAAAGCAUCCAAGGCAAAUGAUUUAGCAGCACUGCAGGAACUAGCCAAGCAGUGCCAGUUAUUUGAACAAGUCAUCGUUGAGGAUCGGGUGGAAAAGGAGGCAGCAAGAAGGAAGGUAGAGCAGGAUGCGUUGGAAUUAAAGAGCGUCAAGAAGCUACAGGCCUGGUGGAGAGGCACAAUGGUUCGCCAUAACAUCGGCCCCUAUAAGGCCCUCAAGAAGUCUAAAGAGGACGAGCCAAAGGGCAAAGACAAAGGGAAAAAGGGAAAAGCUGGAGCUAAGAAAAAGAAGUGA